UAAAAACAACUUAGUGCCUAAUUAUUGACACCUAACUGUGAUACGAUGAAGACGAUUAUAAUUUUGGUGGCAAUAUGCCUUGCUACUGUUGCGUCGCUCCCCCGGCAGCAGGAGAGGAUAAUCGGGGGGUCGCUUGCCAGUAUCAACUCGUACCCGUUCGCCACGGGGCUCCAAAUCACGUCCAAUGGCGUCAGAUACCAGCACGCAUGCGGCGGUACCAUCCUCAACAACAGAUCUGUCCUAUCCGCGGCUCACUGUUGGUUCCGCAACCCUACCGCUAACAGAUAUCGGAUUCGCGUUGGUUCAGCCAAUUCCAGCAGCGGGGGACGGCUGCACAAUGUUGCCCGCUUCAUCGGCCAUCCUCAGCACAACAUGAGGACUCAUGACAACGACAUCGGGAUCAUCCGAGUGUCGACGGCCAUCCAGCUCGGCAGCGCGUCAGUGCGCGCCGGCUCUAUCGCCCCAGCCAACAUCAAUAUACCGGACAACUCGGACGUCAUUGCUAUCGGAUGGGGAGUCACCAGCCAACAUGCGCAAGUGACUUCGGAGCAACUCCGGCACGUCGGUCUGAGGACGACCAAUCAAGCCAGAUGCAAUAGCGCUUUCGGAGGAUUUCCCAUAACCGCGAACAUGCUGUGUGCCAACUGGGAAGCCGGUGGCCGUGCCGCGUGCUUCGGCGACUCGGGCACCGGCCUCAUCUUCCGAGGCGUGGUCGUGGGCGUCGCCAGCUUCGUGGGCAGCGAGUGCGCGAGUGGGCGCUGGCCUAACGUCUUCGCGAGGGUGUCUCGAUAUGCCGCCUGGAUAAGAAAUAAUUCUUAA